ACACUACACUACACCACACAACAUUACACUACAACACAAUACAUUACACUACACUACACCACACAACAUUACACUACAUUACAUUGCACUACAGUAUACUACACUACAUUACACCAGGUGAGUUAGACAGCUAUUACUUGUUGUUAUGUGAAUGUGGUUUCUUUACAAUCCUUAAUGUAUAAUUAAUGUAUCUAAAUGAUAAGGAAUCAAACGGUUACAGGAAAGGGUGUGAGUCAUUUCCUGGUAUUGAAAUGCUGCUUGGUACUUAGUGGCCAAGUGAAAACCAAUAGGUCUGUACAAACAUACUCUCCUGUUCACAAUCACAACCUUAGACACAUUAAGACUCACUUCUACAUGUCUUUAUCUGAUUGCCCUGGAAAAAUGACCAACCUGUGCUGGGUGGUUUAUGACUAAUGUGUUUUGUGUUUCCCCCAAACCGUCUACAUGCUGCUGCUGCUGCAGGUAUGUGUUUUCCCUGAGACGACCUUGACCUGGCCGGCCUGACUCGAACGAAACAGGAAAAGGACCUUGAGCUUACUGUCGCAAUACAGAGUAAGCGGGAAAGACAGGGAAAGAGAUAAGAUAUAUUAAUUUAUUGUAAGUGAUUGAAAUUCCUCCAAACCAGCUAUAUAUUUCCUUUUCCUGCUUCAAUUCAAUCAAUACUCAUACCCAACAUGCUCUACCCCAAACGAACAUACAUUUACAUCACGUUGUUAUUGUUGUGUACUGUAAUUGCUCUUCCUGUGUUCAUGUUUUGCUUUAUCCAUGUAUUGACUGGAAGUCAUGAGGCGGCACCAGGAACCAGACAUCUGAGAGAUAACACAACGUGACCCGAAGGCCUAAUCAGACACUAACAGUACCAUAAGGUCUAUAGAGUACAACAGAGACUCUCAGUACCAUAGACCGGCAUUAACCUGUCUAGACACUGAUCAGUCAUUAAACUAUGUGUGGGGUCAGCCACUGAUGAUGACUACUGAUGUAAUCAUGUUUAUCAAUUCCUGUCAAUGGCCUGUUAUCAUGCUUCCUCCUGCCUAUAAGAGUUCCUGUGAUAUUACAACUAAAAGAGGGAGAGAGAGAGAGAGAGAGAGAGAGAGAGAGAGAGAGAGAGAGAGAGAGAGAGAGAGAGAGAAUGUUGUGAUGUCACUGCAGCCCCCUCAUAUCCAGUACACAAAGAGGCAGGGGAUCAUCAUAGCCAGCAUACCGACUCUGCUACACAGACUACUCUACUGCUCACUAACACAGACUCAGACACACACAGACUCAGACACACACACACACACGUCACCCAGAUACAGUCAGUCACAGUGUAACUCACACCAGGACCAGGCUUGCUAAUUUUUCAGGCUGGGCAGUCACAAGUACCAGCAAGGAAUCAGUGACCAUCCACCCUCCCAGCAGAAGCCAUAUAAUAUUACUGAGGGAACGUCUGAGAAGUUGCAAGAGAACUCUUCAGCAUUUUGGAAUUUGGACUGUACCAGAUCCACCAGACGUUGAGAUUUAAAGCCCUCUGUUGAACCAGGCCGGAAACAGCAUUUUAGAAAGUCCCAACAGCACCAGAGGAAGGAGGUUAAUCUAGGAUCAGACAGUAUGCUGGCUCAGAUCCUACAGGAGAUGUGGGUGGACCCAGAGGUUCUGGAGGCCCUGAGUGAAAACCAGAAGAGAAUCUUGUUCCUGAAGAUGAGAGAGGAGCAGGUCAGACGCUGGAAAGAGAGGGAGGAGAAGGACGAGAGAGAGAGGAGAACCAGGGAACACGCCAGGUCUAAGAAAGGUCACAGUAAGAGCGUGCGUUGGCUGUUGGGUCAUGAUGGGGAUGUGAGUGUGAGCGUGAUCGGAGAGGUGGAUGAAUUUAGAUCCUCCAAACUCCUCCAGACCCUUCGUACCAACACCAGACUACAGAGUACAGAAAUUAACAACCUAGUGGUUGAUAUCCAUACUGUGUCUCUACUGACAGACAGAGAGAACCACCAAACCAGCUCACAAUCAGCCAUACUGAUGCAACUCAGCGAAGACUCAGACGGGUCUAAGGACUCUGAGGAGGACCAGUACACAGGCAGUGCUGAGGUCGACCCAAAGGACACCAGGGAGGACAGCAUCGACAGUGUGUCAGGCUACAGCACAGAUGACCUAAAGGACUGGGGCCUCUGCUACAGACCCCACUGCAGCAACAUCAGCCUCUGUCUCCAACCCCAGCUGUCAGCCAGACAAAAGGCCUGCCCACAGAGCAGAAGAGUGGUGGUCAGUCAUGAAGAGGAGAGCCCAGCAUUUGGUGGUCGGGUGGCCCAGCUCAGGAGAGCAUUUGCCACGUCCUCUCCCACCACCAUGCCCCCUGUGGCCACCAAACCCUUUCACCUGUAGCUAGCAGCCAAACCUCAGGUAACACCAGGGUCACCUCCAGUCAACCAACCACACAGAAGAGGUACUGCCCACUUGACGGGCUUAUAUGAAUACCAGGUACAAGUGACCUACGGACAGACACUCACCUGAGGAACGGUGCUGAGAAAUAUGAGCUCCAAACUUAGCCGAGUUAAAGGUGGACAUGCACGGCUGAGUGGGAGGAAUGCUUGGCGCUGGUAUUCUGGUAAAAGGCUCCCUUUAAAGGUUCCUGGAGACUGCAUGGUAGUCAUACAGUUCUACCUCUCCUGGAAGCUAAAUACACAAGAGGUUUGGACAUGGCUAACACAAGAGCUAUUUCUACAUAUAUACAAGAGGUUUGGACAUGGCUAACACAAGAGCUAUUUCUACAUAUAUACAAGAGGUUUGGACAUGGCUAACACAAGAGCUAUUUCUACAUAUGUACAAGAGGUUUGGACAUGGCUAACACAAGAGCUAUUUCUACAUAUGUACAAGAGGUUUGGACAUGGCUAACACAAUAACUAUUUCUACAUAUAUACAAGAGGUUUGGACAUGGCUAACACAAGAGCUAUUUCUACAUAUAUACAAGAGGUUUGGACAUGGCUAACACAAGAGCUAUUUCUACAUAUGUACAAGAGGUUUGUAUCUCAUUUGUACAUGGGGUUGGAGGAAAAGAUUUAGCUUCAAGUUUCUUAUCAUGAAUUAUGUAAAAAAAAGAAAAACCCCAGCUGUAAUAAGGGGCGUGGUAUGUUUGGGCUAUAGGUCAAACCAUCCUGUCAUGUUUUUAGUUGCCUGGUCUUUUGCUUUGUUAGUUGUUGUUAUCUAACGGUCUAACCUCGUAGAUUUUCUGGUCAUAUUCUGUUUUGAAUAUUUGCGCUCUAACUACAUUUGUUUGAGGAGGUUAUUUCAAUAUUGUGUGUGAAAUAUGCUUGUGCAAUGCACAAAUUAAUUUGACCUGUUGUCUUCUAAUUCAGCUGAAUAAAAAUGUGGAAGAAAUGUGUGAGGGUGUU